CACUCAUUACCCUAAAUACCCACUUAAGGAUGAUAAUAUGAUGUAAAUGUUAUAGUGAAUAUAUAAAACACAUCAUUCAUCAUGCUCAGUGUAUAGACAUGCUUUUAAAAGGGAAACAAAGCAUCUAUAGAAUCUAUAUACCUGUAUAGGCUAUAUAAAGGCUAUGAAUGGGAGACCUGGAGCUAUUUAAACAACAGCCCUAGCCAUUGGAUCAUCGAUUGGCUUUCUCAUUGGCUGCCUCUGCUGUCAGUCAGGAGCUUGCACUUUGCUGGUUCGUUUAUACCCAUGACUUAACGCAGGGGCGACUAAUCUUUUCUCCUAUGCUCCAGCAUCCAGCAGCCAUAUAGGAAUUGUGUCGCAGCGCGUCUGAGCAUCUUUUGGAAUACAAGAAAAAACACCUCCAUCUUCAUCCUGCAGGAGCACCUUCACACGGAUAGCAGCUAAAAACGCAUAAAUGGAGUACCAAUCUUUGUCGUGACUGUCCUCACCGCCUCUCAUCCCCUUUUGCAGAAAAGACUGCGUUGAAGUUGCAGCAUCAUCCCUCUCCAGCUCCCACCACCACUCUCCUCCUCUCCUCUCCUCCUCUGCAGACAUGGGUACCGUCCUCUCCAUCUCUCCGGCGAACAAGAAGGCGUCCAUCAUGGACUCCGAGCUCGCCGGAGGAGGAGUAGAGGUAAAAAACGACAACAAGAGCCUCAAGCGCCACUCCAUGUUCGUGUCUCUCUCCUGGAAGAAGCUGGUGUCCACUUCGGCCAAGAAGAGCGCGAAGAAAGUGACUCCAAAACCGCUUCCCACUACACGAGAGCUCCCAUCCAGCCAGGUGCAGGUGUCGCAGCUCAACAACGAGAACACCAGGAAGACGCAAAACGAGGAGAAGAAACCAAAAGCACCCAUUCCGGUGCCGGUGCCCACGGUGCCAUGCGCGCAAAUCGACGUCUCGCGGCUCUCCACGGUGCAGAAGCAGCCUAGCAGCCUCUCCUUGGUGUCUCCGAGGCGGAUAGUGAUCCAGGCGUCCACAGGUGAGCUGCUGCGCUGCUUGGGAGACUUCAUGUGCCGCAGGUGUUUUAAACUGAAGGACCUGAACAGCGGGGAGGUGAUCCUCUGGUUCAGGAACAUCGAUCGGACUCUGUUGCUGCAGGGCUGGCAGGACCAGGGCUUCAUCACGCCGGCCAACGUGGUGUUCGUGUACCUGCUGUGCGAGGACACGAUAGCGGACAGCGUCUGCAGCGCUGCGGAGCUGCAGGGCACCUUCCAGGCGUGCCUCUACCUGGCCUACUCCUACAUGGGAAACGAGAUCUCCUAUCCGCUCAAGCCCUUCAUGAACGAGGCGAACAGGGAGGUUUUCUGGGAGAUGUCGCUCCGGAUCAUCAACAGGCUCAGUGCCAAAAUGCUGCAGCUCAAUGCGGACCCGCACUUUUUCACCGAGGUCUUCCAGGACCUCAAGAACCAACGAGAGACCACCGAGGCCAACCUGGACCGCUGACAGAAACACGAUUUGACAGCCUACUAAUGGUGGUUUUAUAAAAAUGUGUUUUUUGCAAAAUCACACAACUAAUGGUGGUUUUAUAAACAUGAAUGUGGUUUUUUUUUUUGCAAAAUCACACAACGGUGGUUUUGAAUGUAAAAGGGCCAGAUGUUCCAGAUGUUGAAGGGGUUCUCACGCCUGCAUGGGGCUGGAUAAUGAUGUUAUUAUCAGUGUCCGUGUGUUUAGGCUACUACAGUAGGAGCUUUCAUACAUGCAUGCCAGUGGUAAUAUACCAAAACAACAAGAUGUAGGCCUACUAAUGGUGGUUUUAUAAAAUGUUUUUUUGCAAAAUCACACAACAGUGGUUUUGAUUGUAAAAGGGCCAGAUGUUCCAGAUGUUGAAGGCGUUCUCACGCCUGCAUGGGCUGAAUAAUGAUGUUAUUAUCAGUGUGCGUGUGUUUAGGCUACUACAGUAGGAGAUUUCAUACAUGCAUGCCAGUGGUAAUAUCGUCCUCUUUUGUCUUGUCCCCUUGGAUUGACUCCAUGCUACAAAAUCACAUCCACAAAUCCCCCUGUUUCAUUCAUGAUUAGCCUACUAAUGAGCGCAUAUACAGGUACUUAUGGCCCAUGUUUUGUACAAAUGUUGCAGUUUGCUGCAGCAGUACCUUGGACAGCCUCUUAUCCACUCAGGUCUUCCAGGACCUCAAAAACCAACAAGAGACCACCGAGGCCAACCUGGAUCGCUGACAAAACACAAGAUUUGAGAGCCUACUAAUGGUGGUUUUAUAAAAUAUUUUUUGCAAAAUCACAUAACGGUGGUUUUGAAUGUAAAAGGCCAGAUGUUCCAGAUGUUGAAGGCGUUCUCACGCCUGCAUGGGCUGAAUAAUGAUGUUAUCAGUGUGCCUGUGUUUAGGCUACUACAGUAGGAGAUUUCAUACAUGCAUGCCAGUGGUAAUAUCUUUUGUCUUGUCUUGUCUUUUGACUGACGCAGGGAUUGACUCCAUGCUACGGAAUCACAUCCUGACUCUCAAAUCCCCUUCCUAUUCAUGAUUAGCCUAAUUUCUGUCUGGGGUGUCGCAGUGAGCUCCAUCCAGGCAGAAGGACCAGAAUAGAUAGAUCAGUGUGUGUUUGUGAGAAGAAGUCGAGAGGAGGAGCUGUCCGAGGUGCUGACCUGUGCAGCCAUUUCUCCUCCUCCUCCUCCUCCUCCUCCUCAGCUCGCUCUUCUUGCUGCUAUUAUUGAAUCACCUCGUCACAACAGAGCCCUGAAAGUGGCUUAAGAGGACCAGUCGGCCCAAUACACUUUCAGAAGCAUAAGCCUAAGCCUUGUGUAAGUAGAGGUGUACAGCGAGUAGUGUUGCUUUUUUAGAUUCUCCACCAGCUGAUAUAUAGGUAAGCUGUUGAACAUGCAACAGACGAAGCAUGCAAAACACAUUACUUAUGUAGAUAUUCCUCUCUAACAGAUAAGUUUCCAUCUACUGCUGAAAAUGCAUCAUGUAUCUUCAUGCUUGGUUGGAAUGUUUUUCAGCUCCUGUUGUGUGAUGAUCAAAAACCACCAAUUUCUUAAUAUGAACCCCGUUACUUUGAAUUACUUGUUUAUGCCUACCAAUGUGAUACUGUAAAUUGGGCCGUUGGUUCAAGUUGAACAUGAGGGUAUAUGGGGGGGGAAGAAAUGUACAAUUAAAGGGAGCUUCUUCCUCCUGGAAUGUGAUAAAAAAUGGGCCGAUAGACGGCCAUACAGCAUGAUUAUACCAACUUAAAAGGCCCCUGUUGUGUAUUGUUUUCCGAUACAUUGCAGAGGCCGACAUAGCUAGAGACCGAAAGGAAUGUACAGUUUUUUCAAGAGGUUGUUUUAAAAUCUCAUUAUGUGCCAAUUAUCAAAAUACUCUUGGCCUGAAAUGUGGUUUACAUGUGCAUAUCCUACAUUAUAGAUAUGCUCUUUAUUUAAUUUUUUUUAUCUGCCUGUUUCUGAAGGUGGCUGUAUAUGAUGUUGUUCAUCCAUGCAUAGCAAAAAAAAACAAAUAGAGCGUAAUGGUGAAAUGGUAUUUUUGCUCAGUUUGCUGCUGGGUUCAAUUCACUUUCACAGUGCAGGAAUGUUGUAAAUAUUGAAUGUGAAGGCCUCAUUGUUCAGUGACUAUCAUUUGCACUCCGUUUCUAUAAGCUAAACGUGAUUUGACUCUUCAUGAAACCGAGCUUAUAGGGGCUGUUAUUAUUCAGUAUUAUGCUUCUCAGUACUCAUUGUGAUGUAGUGUUAUGAAUCCAUCGCUUGGAAAGUGGAAUAUUAUGCUGCUAUUUUUGCACAGCUGUGAACAAACCGUUGAUGUUUUGCACAGUGGUAUAUAACAUAAUGGUCGUGUACCAGUGUUUAAUGUCAGGCACUGGAGUGUCUGCCAUUAAUGUCACCCGAGUCUCGCUCUGCGAAGAUCAUCUGUGAAUUAGAUCUUUUGUACAGUUCAUUUUCCCUACGUGUCAGCUAUGGAAAGUGAUAUUUAGAUGUGCGUGUUGUCUGUGGUUGCACCACAGUUGCAUUCACUCUCUCUACAUGUUAAUAAAAGGUCAAUAUUGUUUAUGGUGACAAUGGUGAAAUAAAUCCAAACUUCUGUAGGA